UUCUUGGGCGCCUCGUCACUUCCCCUGCCCUCGCUGUCCCGGCGGUUCACCGAGCUAACUCACUGGAUGCGGCCGGACUAUGACCCCAGGGGCGCCGCUGCUGCUGCUGCUGGGGGCACUGGGGGCGUCGCUCGCCCCAGGCGUCCGCGGCUCGGAGGCGGAAAGCCGGCUUCGCGAGAAACUUUUCUCGGCCUAUGAUAGCUCGGUGCGGCCCGCGCGGGAGGUGGGAGACCGCGUCAGGGUCAGCAUUGGUCUCAGACUGGCGCAACUCAUCAGCCUGAACGAGAAGGAUGAGGAGAUGAGCACAAAGGUGUACUUAGACCUGGAGUGGACUGACUACAGGCUGAGCUGGGACCCCGCAGAGUACGAGGGCAUCGAUUUGCUCCGAGUCAAGGAUCAAUCCGUGUGGCUACCAGACGUGGUGCUACUGAACAACAAUGACGGAAAUUUUGAAGUUGCUCUGGGUAUUAAUGUCGUGGUAGCCUCCGACGGCUCUGUGCGCUGGCAGCCCCCAGGCAUCUAUCGCAGCAGCUGCAGCAUCCAGGUCACCUACUUUCCCUUUGACUGGCAGAACUGCACCAUGGUGUUCAGUUCCUAUAGCUAUGACAGCUCAGAGGUCAGCCUGCACACUGGCUUGGGUCCAGAUGGGCAGGAGCAGCAGGAAGUGCAUAUUCAUGAAGGGACCUUCAUUGAAAAUGGCCAGUGGGAGAUUAUCCACAAGCCUUCUCGACUAAUCCAGCCUUCGGUGGAUCCUAGAAAAGGGGAAGAAGGACAACGUGAAGAAGUCACCUUCUACCUCAUCAUUCGUCGGAAGCCACUCUUCUACCUAGUCAACGUCAUUGCCCCAUGCGUCCUCAUCACUGUCCUGGCCAUCUUUGUCUUCUACCUACCACCAGAUGCAGGUAGAGAAAUGGGGCUCUCAAUCUUCGCCCUGCUGACUCUUACUGUGUUCCUGCUGCUGUUGGCAGGCAAAGUGCCUGAAACCUCUCUGUCUGUCCCCAUCAUUGUCAAGUAUCUCAUGUUUACCAUGGUCCUCGUCACCUUCUCAGUCAUCCUUAGCGUCGUUGUUCUCAACCUGCACCAUCGUUCACCUCACACCCACCAAAUGCCCCUUUGGGUUCGUCAGAUCUUCAUCCACAAACUCUCACUGUACCUGGGUCUGAAGAGACCCAAACCUGAGAGGGACCAGAUGCCAGAGCCACCUUCUGUAGCCCUCAGGGAUUCUCCAGGAAGUGGCUGGGGUCGGGGAACAGAUGAAUAUUUCAUCCGGAAGCCACCGAGUGAUUUUCUCUUUCCCAAACCCAAGAGGUUCCAGCCUGAAAUGUCUGCCCUGGAUCUACGGCGAUUUAUCGAUGGUCCAAACCGGGUUGUUAGCCUGCCCCCCGAGCUACGGGAGGUCGUUUCCUCCAUCAGUUACAUCGCUGGACACCUGCAGGAACAGGAGGACCACGACGCGUUGAAGGAAGACUGGCAAUUUGUGGCCAUGGUAGUGGACCGCCUCUUCCUGUGGACCUUCAUCAUCUUCACGAGUGUCGGGACCCUCGUCAUCUUUCUGGAUGCUACAUACCACUUGCCCCCUGCCGACCCCUUUCCUUAGGACCUAGGGCCAGCACCCAAGUCCUCAGCCUGCUGAACUGAUAGUUGGGCAGCACUUUAGAGCCCUAUUCCUUUCUGCAUAUUAACUCUGGCACAAGGGAUCCAGUUAUCUCCUUUGUUUCCAGGAAGAGAGCCCAAGUGGGACUGGGAAUACUUGGGCCCACCAGAAAUGCUGUCAGCUUAUUUACUCUUUGGCUUCUUAAAGAAGCUUCUAACACCCAGUUUCCCAGUAAAACAGAGCAAAGAACUAGACUGUAAGCCUUAUGGAGGAUGGGAACUGUGCCUUAUUCACUGUAAUAUCCCCAGCACCUAACACAUCCUGCUUAACAUUUGUUGAAAUAAAUAGGGACAUUUUUGCUGGAAGGAAAAAAAUUAGCACUUAUGUUUUGCAUGUUGGUAAUAGUGGUAAUUUUUCCUUUGUUUAUAUGUUUCUGUAACUUACUAUGUUUUGAAAUAAGUAUUAUGUUUAGGAUUAAAAAAAAGGUUAUUUCUAAAAGGAUGUAUUUGCAAUGAGUGGAAAAAAUAGCACUUUAAUAUACCCAAGCCCCAGCUUUGGAGUUAAUGAUGCAGCUGCCCGCUACUCUGAGGAUCAUAUGAGAAGAUGGGAACAAGAACAUUAUGCAACAUGUAUCAGAGGCUGUAAACUUGUGUGUGUUGUUUGGCCCAUGACAUCAGCCUGCAUAAUUUUAAA